UGAUAACUACUUGUUUCGUAAUACUUCUACGAUCGAAGAAAAUCUUUUCCUCGACGGGCACUAAUCUUAUAAUUCGUGUAAAAAAAAUGUAUCACCAACUGAGCAGAGCUACCGGCAGGCUGGUUGCCGCCAGCAACUUGCAAGCCCCACUGUUCCCAAUUGCACCAAUUGCUUUGCAACGAGUGGAGGUGCCCGUGGUGUACAACACGACUCAUAUGUCGACGGUGACGGAGGCGGCGUGCUCGACUGGAGGCAAGAAGCGUUUGGUCCCUGGCACCAACAUUCCUUACCCGGCGGUGCCCGAGAACAUUCGCUCCCAGCAGGCACAGUUCCAGAAAGAGAAUGAUGUGCCUGUGUUCCUGAAGGGAGGCCCCCUGGACGCUGUCCUGUACCGUUUGACCGUGGCUCUCUGCCUGCUCGGCAUUGUCGGUUUCGGCCACACCAUCUACUCUCACGCCGUUAAGAAGAACUAAAUCAAUUAAUUUAAACUUAAAUUAUGUAUUAGUCGCCUGUGUUAUAGAUUCCAAUAAAAGGAAGGAUUAUAAUCACAA